AUCGGUGCAUAAGGCUCUGGCUCCUAGGCUGCCGGGAACAUGCAGUCCAGCGAGAAGCUGCCUGGAGCUGGGAACGGAGACGCGCGGAGAGCCGGGCGCACACUCCAGACGGGAGAGAGAGGCUCAUCUUUUUAAAGACCUUUUUGAACAGAGUAUUCGGCCCUGCAGACCCUCCUCUUCUUCCUCUUCCUCCGCUUGGAACAUUUUGGCUAGCGCCGCGCAGAAGACUUCAACAGAGCAAAACAACAAAACAAAACAAAAAAAAACAACCCCAGCAACCACCACCAAACUAACCCACCGCCGCCACCACAACAAAAAGCAUGCAAUGCAAUGUUGUCUCUGCACGGACAAGGCUAGGAGUUUUGACUAGUGGACUAGACAAAUGAACAGGGGUAGGUAAAACUGUCUUGCUGAAAUAUACAAGGGGGCGUUUGAACUUGUGUGAAGAAGACUGUAGCAACAUCAAGCGAGAGGAGAUACAUCUGGCUGAUUUAUAGUAUGAAAAUCUAUCUCUCUGUAUAACAACAAGCAUCUCCCCCCUCCCUCCCUCUCCAGGGCGGCAUCCAUAACAGAUUAGGGCAAUGAGCCUAGGUUAGGAUCCAAAGCUCCUUUUGAUUCUUAUCAUUAUUUCAUUUUUUUCUCCUUCCUUUUGAUUUCUUGUUGGGAAAAGCAGAUGCACUUUGACUCCUGACUGCUCUACCUCAGACCUGAGAAAACUCAUCACAUUUGUUUUUUAAUCAUCGUCAUCAUUAUUGUUGUUAUUUUUAUGCGCUUUGAUCUGUGUUAUUGUUGGUUUUUUAUUAUUAUUAUUUAUUUUAUUGACCGGGAUUCUGCUGUUGUAUUGAAAAGCUGGGCCGUGGGUGUUUUUUUUGUUUUUGUUUCUUUUCUUUUGGUAUUUGUGUAUCCCUGCUAGGACAUUUGAAAGAAGAUAUCCUCCUUCCCCCCCCCCCUUUGUUUCCCCCCUUUUCUCCUCCAAGGCUUUUAAAACACACAAAAACCGACGCUGGUGUAAUCUCUUCUUUUUAAUUUUUUUUUUUUUUUGCUUGACAUCUGGGAGCCAAAACCCCCCACUCUCAAAAUAACCAAAGACAAUGGUGCACUGUGCCGGCUGCAAACGGCCAAUCUUGGACCGGUUUUUGUUGAAUGUACUGGACAGGGCUUGGCAUGUGAAGUGUGUUCAAUGCUGUGAAUGUAAAUGCAAUUUGACAGAGAAAUGCUUUUCCCGAGAAGGCAAGCUUUACUGCAAAACAGACUUCUUUCGGUGUUUUGGGACCAAGUGUGCUGGCUGUGCCCAGGGGAUCUCCCCCAGCGACUUGGUCAGGAGGGCGAGAAGCAAAGUGUUCCACUUGAACUGUUUUACUUGUAUGAUGUGUAACAAACAGCUCUCCACGGGCGAAGAGCUCUAUAUCAUCGACGAGAACAAGUUUGUCUGCAAAGAAGAUUACCUGAAUAACAGCAGUACUGCCAAAGAGAACAGCCUGCACUCAGCCACAACCGGCAGUGACCCCAGUCUGUCUCCGGAUUCUCAAGAUCCUUCCCAAGACGACGCGAAAGACUCGGAGAGUGCAAACGUGUCAGACAAGGAAGCUGGCAGCAAUGAGAAUGAUGAUCAGAACCUGGGGGCCAAGAGGCGGGGUCCCCGCACCACUAUCAAAGCCAAACAACUAGAGACUCUGAAAGCAGCCUUCGCAGCUACCCCCAAACCCACCAGGCACAUCAGGGAACAGCUGGCCCAAGAAACCGGGCUCAACAUGCGAGUCAUACAGGUGUGGUUCCAGAACCGGCGCUCCAAGGAGCGGCGCAUGAAGCAGCUGAGCGCGCUGGGGGCCCGCCGCCACGCCUUCUUCCGCAGCCCCCGCCGCAUGAGGCCGCUGGUGGACCGGCUGGAGCCGGGGGAGCUCAUCCCCAACGGGCCCUUCUCUUUCUAUGGAGAUUAUCAGAGCGAGUAUUAUGGCCCUGGAAGCAAUUAUGAUUUCUUCCCACAAGGACCCCCUUCAUCUCAAGCUCAGACACCAGUCGAUCUCCCAUUUGUGCCCUCCUCUGGGCCAUCAGGAACUCCUCUGGGUGGAAUGGAUCACCCAUUACCCGGACACCACCCUUCCAGUGAGGCUCAGCGCUUCACUGACAUAAUGUCUCACCCACCUGGAGACUCACCCAGCCCUGAGCCCAACCUGCCAGGUUCUUUGCACUCCAUGUCUGCAGAAGUUUUUGGUCCAAGUCCUCCAUUUUCUUCAAUAUCCGUCAACGGUGGUGCUAAUUAUGGCAAUCACUUGUCACAUCCACCAGAAAUGAAUGAAGCAGCUGUGUGGUAGCUUUAAAACAAACUGGGUCUAAGUAAGUGAUGAGCUUCUAGUCUGCUUAUGUUAUGGUGUACAGAAAUGAAUAAGUAUAACAUCUCUCUUGCCCUAAGACAAUUUUACCUUGGGAAUGAACUGAAUCCAAAUCACUCCAAGGCAAGCUUUGCUAUAGACCGGGACAAUCUUCAUAAUAUGGUUGUAACAAACAAACAAAAAUGGGACAUGUUUUGGUACCAUUGAAAAGACACUGGUGAAGCUGUACAGUAAAGUGCUGCUGUGCUAUAGGAUGGCGUAGGUUGAAUACCCUGUUGGAUGUCACCCUAAGAGCCACAAUCCUUAGGAACUUUUCAUUUAAAAAACAAAAAGAACAAAAGGAAAGUCAAAGAAAGGGAGGGGGGAAGUGUGAAGAAUGCUAGUAUUCCUGGUUUAAGGAUGGUUCUGGCAUUAUGAAUUUGUUUAAUUUUGUCUCUCAGAAAGUUCAACAACAACAACAAACUCUUUUUAGCUUCAGAAAUGUGAGCCUGCUGACUAUCAGGUGGGACUUUUUGUUUUUUAAUUAUUUUGCCAAAAUAACAAAUACUAAAUGUAAGCCCUCAGCAUCAACUCUUCUACCUUGACAAAGCUACACACACAAAAAAUCCUCAUAAUAACAAAGGUCACCAACCAGACCUCUAACUAAAAAUGACUUGAAACAAACAAAUAAAGUAUUCUACCUUCACAAAAAAAAAACAAAACAACUAAACAAAAGACUCUACUGACCUAAAAACAGUCAACUGUUUACGUAGAAUGUUAAAUUCAGGAGUUCUAUGUUUUACUAAUAAAUCCUGUUUUAGAACCUCUUGUUCAAAAGCAAAAUAUUUUGAGCAACCAACCAAAAUAUACCACGUUCUUUUCUGUAGAUGUUAUAUGACAGAUUGCAGGGCUUGUGGUUCACUGUGCUAGUUGUAAAAGGUGUUGUUUACAGAAGGCAAAGAAAAAAAACCCAUGAAAACCAGACAGUUGCCAAAUAAACUAAUUAUAUAGCACAAAUACUGUAAGGUGCUUUGCACCAGCAACCUGAGCAAGUGUUUUUUUUUGUUUGUUUUUAAAGUGUUACAAGGUUAAACAAACAAACAUCUUUGCUAAUUUUUAGUCCUGUUGAACAUUCAUGGAAUUGUUAAUAUGACUUAUAUAGACCCACACAGGUUUUAUUUUUGUGUCUUUAAAAGAAAAGUCCAAAAUAUUUAAAUUUUAUGGUCAAAUAUGCAGUCAACAGCUGCUACUUUUUUCUUUAUAUAUUAAAUUUCUCAUAUGUCUUUUAUUGUUCUAAUAAACCUAAGCUUGUGUGACCUCCAGUGCAUAUUAGACCAUUCACUGUAUGAAAGAAAACAUGUUGGAUAA